AUGGGGCUGGAGAAGGAGACGGGAGACACGAAGAUCUUCAUGGCCGAGGACAGCUUCGGGCGCCCCGGCGGCCCCGCGCUAGCCGGCCCGGAGAAGCGGGCGGAGAAUGGCUCCGACAGAGACCCGCAUGGGCUGAACACCCACCUGAAGCUAGGGUUUGAGGAUGUCCUAGCAGAGCCUGCAUCAUUUCACUCCUUUGACAAAGUUUGGAUCUGCAGCCACGCUCUCUUUGAGCUCAGCAAAUACGCGCUGUACAAGCUCCUGACUCUAUUCCUUGCUAUCCCACUGGCUCUGGUUGCAGGAAUUGUCUUUGCAGUACUCAGCUGUCUGCACAUCUGGAUUGUAAUGCCUUUUAUAAAGACCUGCCUCAUGGUCUUGCCUUCAGUGCAGACUGUAUGGAAGAGUGUGACGGAUGUUCUUAUUGCACCGUUAUUUCAUAGCCUAGGCCGAUGCUUUGCUACAGUCAACAUACGCCUGGACCAAGAGUAA